CCGGAUCUUGGGAGGAAGUGCCUCCAAUACUGUGUUUUGGAGCCGUGAGCAGCAAUGCAUCGUGUACGGCAAAGGGGUGAUUGAAACCGACAAACUGGAUAUGCAGUCAAUCCGGCUUUUUACACCGCCUUGGCUCAGGCCCUGUCUUGAGAAAUGCAAAAGCCCCAAAGUUAAGCUCUGCUCCUGAUUUCAGGCCUUGCCAGCCACCGUCAUGUUGCAAGUCUGGGGCCGACAAAUGGGGUAAAACACGGCGGCUCCCUGAGAAUGCAGCUCCUACUUGAUUUCCCUGAAACUACAGCCUGCGUUUUAUCUUCAUCAUGUUUUGGAAACGCUAAGAACACCGGGUACUGAUUCUGCGGUUUCGGUCACUGUGUUCAGCUUCCUAUAGCGGGAAGUACACUUACACACGAGUAGACGGAUGAGCUGCGCACGCACGGCCAGCAUCGGACAGCUGUUAGGUACCAUCGCCCGGAACGAACAACGACCAAGACGGAGCGCCUGCUAAGAUUUCAGUAACCCGCCAAGAAAGGGUCACACAGCAAAGUCGACGUAGGAGCGCCCUCCAGAGCCUGGACACCUUGCCUUUCAUACCAAUACAGAUUCUUAUAUUAGCAUGAAAAACAGGUUUCAAAGCUCGAGGACCGCAACAAGGAACGAACGUACACCUGAUUUUUUUUUCUUCAUUUUGGGCGUCGCCCGCUGGACCCGUUAUUGCCCUUGACAAUGUGGUGGAUGGCUACUUAAUUGAACUGCUGCAGUUCAUUUGGUGAAAGGGCUGUUGUAUCCUUUGGAUCAAAGAAUAGGGCUGCUGGAGUUGCAGCCAAAAGUCAGCUGAUUACAAACGCUAAGAAUACAAUAAUAAACUUCAAAAAAUUCCAUGGCCGAGCAUUUAAUGAUCCUCUUGUUCAAAAUCAGAAGAGUAAACUAGCUUAUGAUCUUGUUCCAAUGGAAACUGGAGUUGGAGUUAAGGUGAUGUAUAUGGAUAAAGAGCAGCAUUUUAAUGUGGAACAGAUCACAGCUAUGCUCCUGACCAAACUAAAGGAAACAGCAGAGACCAAUUUGAAAAAACCUGUAUGUGAAUGCGUUAUUUCUGUACCCUCAUUUUUCACAAAUGCUGAAAGGAGUUCUGUGCUAAAUGCUGCUUAUAUUGCAGGCUUGAAUUGUUUAAGACUGAUGAAUGAUACCACUGCAGCAUCUUUAGCUUAUGGAAUCUACAAGCCAGAUUUACCAGCCCCUGAAGAAAAACCAAAGAUUGUUGUAUUUGCAGAUAUGGGUCAUUCAGCAUUCCAAGUUUCUGUGUGUGCUUUCAAUAAGGGGAGUCUUAAGGUACUUGCAACUGCUUUUGAUCCACAUUUGGGCGGCCAAGAUUUUGAUGAAAUAUUAGUGGAGUAUUUUUGUACUGAAUUCAAAACCAGAUAUAAUUUAAAUGUAAAGUCUAAAAUCCGAGCCUUAUUGCGGCUGUAUCAAGAGUGUGAGAAGCUGAAGAAACUCAUGAGUGCUAACUCCAUGGAUAUUCCUUUGAACAUUGAGUGUUUUAUGAAUGAUCUGGAUGUAACUGGGAAGAUGAAUCGAACUCACUUUGAAGAGUUAGCUGCAAACCUGUUGCAGAGAGUAGAGGGACCUCUGCGAUCAGUUAUGAAACAAACACAACUCAAACUUGGAGAUAUUAAUGCCAUUGAGAUCAUUGGAGGUUCCACACGUAUUCCUGCAGUCAAAGAAAGGAUUGCAAAAUUUUUUGAGAAGGCUGUCAGCACUACACUCAAUGCUGAUGAAGCAGUAGCCAGAGGCUGUGCUUUGCAGUGUGCAAUACUUUCACCUGCUUUUAAAGUACGUGAAUUCUCCAUCACGGAUGUACUACCAUUCCCAAUAUCCUUAAAGUGGAGUGCAGAAGGAGAUGAAGUAGAAGGCAGUCAUGAAGUAUAUUCCAGAAACCAUCCAGUGCCCUUUUCACAGGCCCUCACCUUCGACAGAGAAAAUCCAUUUGUACUAGAAGCUUUUUACAGCAAUCCUCAAACCCUACCUUAUUCUGAAGUAAAAAUAGGACAGUUUAUCAUCCGGGAUGUUCUACCACAAGCAAAUGGUGAGAAGUCCAAAGUGAAGGUAAACAUCUGUGUCAACAUUCAUGGCAUCUUCAGUGUUUCAACAGCAUCUAUGACUGAGAAGGUAAAAGUUGAAGAGAAUGAAGCUACUAUGGAAACAGAGUCGGGUCCCUGUACACCUGAUAUGGUUGAAAACAUUGAGAACAAGAAUCAGGUAGACUUUGGUACAACUGAAGUUAAGCCACAAGUACAAUUAGAUGGUCAAGAAUCUCCACAAUCUCCUUCCCCCGAAAUGGAGCAAGAAGAAAAUAAAACUGGAAGUGCUGAAACAACCUGCAAAUCCAAUACUGAAAAGAAGACUGAUCAGCCUCCUGAUCCAAAAAAGCCAAAAAUUAAGUUGAAGACUAUUAAUCUUCCAGUUGAAACUAAACUGGUGUGGCAGUUUGGGAAAGAUUUGCUUGACAUGUAUUAUGAAAAAGAGGGUGAUAUGAUCAUGCAGGACAAGUUGGAAAAGGAGCGAAGUCAUGCCAAAAAUGCAGUGGAAGAGUAUAUAUAUGACUUCAGAGAGAAACUGUGUGGGCCUUUUGAAAAAUUCAUCAGUACUAAGGAUCAGAAACAAUUUUCAGUAUUGUUGUCUGAGACAGAAAAUUGGUUAUAUGAAGAUGGAGAAGACCAAGCUAAACAAGUAUAUGUUGACAAGUUGUCAGAGUUAAAAAAAUUAGGUACCCCAGUUCAAGACCGAUAUCUGGAAAAUGAGAAACGGCCAAAAGCCUUUGGUGAGCUGAGGCAAAGACUGCAGUAUUAUACAAAACUAGUGGAAGAAUCCAGAAAUAAUAUUGAAAAGUAUAACCAUAUAGAUGUUUCUGAAAUGGCAAAAGUGGAAAAGGCAGUGAAUGAAACCAUGGAAUGGAUGAAUAAGGCAAUGGACACACAGGCCAAACUGAAUUUUGAUCAAGAUCCUAUAGUACAUGCAUCUGAGAUUGAAGAAAAACAAAAGGAGCUCGAUACUAUCUGUAAUCCAAUAGUAACAAAACCCAAGCCAAAAGUAGAGAUUCCCAAAGAAGGAAGCCACUUGAAUGGUAAAACUAAUUUUAAAAAUGGAGGAGGGGGAGAGCCAAUGGAGAAUGAGGACCUUGCCAAAGAUACAGAAAUUCCUUCCCAAAAUGGUGACUGCCACCCAGGAGACAGCUUCACAACCAACAUGGAUUUGGAUUGAUCAAUAGAAAAGUAAAAGAAAUAUCUUCUCUCUACCAAAUUCUGUUUUCUUUUAAUGUUUCUAAAUGCCCAGCCUAUUCAUUUCUAAAAAGCUUUUGCAAAUACAUUUUCUUCAGUACCUAAUUAGUGAAGAGUUCAUCUAUUUAAUAUGUACAAUGUGUGUGGUAAAUGCUUAGAAACAGUGGCAAUGUUAAAUUCCUGUGGAAUUGUAAAUUUCUGUUAGUCACCUACAGAGCAUAAUACAUCAGAGUAUUUUGUAGAGUUAUGCUCGAUCAGUUUGGGUAUUUAAAGCAUGACAUUCUAACUGGUGCAUGUUUCAACAUUAGUUGGGCAUACGUCUGUACUUGAAGUUUUUUGUUUUUCUUUGUUUGUGUAGUAUUAAGGUGACAAUAGAACCCAAAUAAAUUGAAUAACUAUUGAGUGGAUUAAGCUGUAUAUUACUUUCUACCAGACAUUAAAAUAUUCAACAUUAAAUUUGGGGGAAAAUAUUUUUGGCUAAAUGUCUUAAUUGUUUUCCCAGUUGUUCAUUGCUUAAGAGAAAUUUAGAAAAUCAGCUCUCUGAAAUAAAUUCCACAUGAUUCACUUCAAAAACUGAACAAUGGUCUAUUUUGGGCAAUUUUUUUUAAUCCUUUUUUCAUUUGUGCAAUGUGGGAAAUGCUGGCUAGGCUAGCAUUUAUUACCCAUCACUAAUCUCGUUUGAAAAGGUGGUGAUGAGUUGCUGCCUUGAACCUCUAGUCCCUGAGGUGGAGAUGUACCCACAAUAUUUUCAGAGGGCAUUCCAGGAUUUUGACCCCGCAACAGUGAAGGAUGGUGUUAUAGUUCCAAAUCAGAUUUGAUGUGGAUGGAAACUUGCAGGUAUUGGUCUUCCCGUGCAUCUGCUACUCCGGUCCUACUUAGUGGUGGAGGUCAUGGGCUUGGAAGACUCUGUUGGAGUAGCCUGACCAGUACCUCUUUGUUUGAUGUAGGCAUCACUGGCUAAGUCAAUAUUAUUGCCUAUCCCUAAACUUCACAAAGGGAGUUAAGAGUCAACCACACUGCAGUUGGUCUGGUGAAGUAGGGCAAACCAGGUAAGGAUGACAGCGUUCUUUCUAUUAAGCACAUUAUUAAA